CCCGCCCCCGGCAAGCGCAACAGAAAAGAGAGAGAAAUAAUGGCGGAAAAUCACAAUGCGAUCCCGAAUUUCUAGUAUCACGACACCACCCAACCUUAAACCAAAGCCGAAAUGCCACCCUCACCCGCAAUACCCAAAUCCAACCGCGCCCGCCGCAACCGCAAUUCCACCAUAAUCCGCCUCCUAAACUACACCGUCUUCACUCUACUCUCUACGAUACUCCUCUGCCUCAUCCUUCUCACACCCGCUGAUGCAAUCUAUCAAUGUUAUGUCACAAAACGCCUCACAAACAUCUUCAUCAUCACGGGCGGGUACGUCGUCACCUUUCUCCUCGCAGUUCUUAUCUACGCAACCCGCAUAUACACGAAUCGGAGCGUGUUAGGUGGAAUCCCUAAGGCCUGGAUCCCGGUGGAAAAAGAGGAUGUCGGGAAGAGCGUUAGGAGGCUUGUUGUAGAGGGGCUAGGAAGGAGUGCGCUCAUCGCGUGGGGGGCUAGGCCGAGGGAGGUGAAGGCGAGGAGUCACGCACAACAAACACAUGCUCUAGCUGAUCCAGAUGCUGGUGGGCAUGACGAUGAAGAGAGGAAGGGCCUGCUCAGAGGAUUCGACUUUGAUGUCGACCCCGCGAAUCCACCUUGGGGGGUUAUCGAGCAUCCUGGGUGGUCGGCGCCGGAAUCCUCGCUGUCUGCGUCUGCACCGACUAUAACGACUGGAGACGCCCAGCCAUUGCCGGGCUUAUGUUACCGCACUGUCGUCCGUGAACUGCCGCAUCUUAUCGAAGCAAAAGCCGUAUCCCUUGCACCUCCUGAUCCUGUCUUCAGGCUCCGCUCCACGAACCCUGCAGAAGAAGGUGCAGGGGAUUGGGCUGGCUCCGAAGAAGGACAAGAAAUCCCAGACACCCGCAUCGUCGCCAUCCUGCGGCGCCCGCCAACAAUGUCCCUACGCAGCUAUAUCCAUCACCUAACCGAGUUAUCGAUCCUCAACCCACCCGAAACAGGAAUUGAAUUCCUAGCCCUCUACGAGCGCGCCCGGUUCUCAGGGAGAGACCUCUACGAAGGUGAAUUCCGCGCAUUGAUGGGUGUCUUCGCCGAUCUUUUGCGCGGGAUGCGCUCCCCCAACCACCAUCUUCUAGAUAUGCAUACGCAGACAGAUGGACAUUCGAUGCGAGAUACGCAUUCGCUCUUCGGAUCGCGGACGGAAUCUGUUAUUGGGCCGUCGGAUGAAGAGGGCGAGACUGAGACUGACACCCUUGGUUCUGUGAAUUCUCCGCGCAGCCGUGCCCAUACAAGAUAUGGGCCUGAUCAGUACACGACCCCAACCCGGUCAGGAUAUCUAGACGGGACAGAAACUCGAACCAGCGCUGCCGCUGCCGCUAGACCCGAGUCUACAAAGGGAAGAAUGGGUGAAAUACAAUCAUCAUCACCAUCGCAAUUACAGGCCCGGAGUCAAUGGCCUCGGACCCCUUCACCUUCAACACGUUCGCUGCGGCCGGUCCGGUCGAAUGUGUCCAGGGCGGGGUCGAGAAGCGGCGCGAGUUUAAGUUCGGCAUCCCGGUCGGGAUCUGGGGGGAGUGUGAUUCGGCUGGCUGAUGUGCGGACGGAGAGUGUUUCGGGUUUGCCGUAUGUUAUCGGGAGACAGGACGGCACGUAGCGAGU